CUUACACUUGUGAUGCGUGUGGGAAGUCCUACUCUCACCUAAACUCUCUGAAGCUUCACCAGAGGACUCACACGGGAGAGAAGCCUUACACAUGCAACGAAUGUGGGAAGUCCUACUGCCAUCUUAAUUCUCUGAAGCCACGUGGAACUGAGGAGAGCAGAGGUUAUACAGCAGGGUCAGCCAGCAUGUUGAAUACGGCCUCUGCUCUGUGAUUAGAUGAUGAUGUUUGUGUUACCCGUGUAAGUUGCACUCUUCUGAAUUUGGUGAUCAUUGUUGACACACCACAGCACAACAACAUAAUGUGUCCUCUGCGUUUAACCCAUAUGUGACAUCGUGACAUAGCAGGGGGCAGCUAAUUCAGCGCCCGGGGUGCUCUGGGAUGGUACCUGUCUGGUCAGGGAUUCGAACCACGACUGAAAGGGAUUUGGCCAGAAAUGAGCAGCAUUUAACUGGUCGAUGGGAGAGCCAAUCAAGCUGCCAUGUUUACGACCCAUUAGGGAUUGUAGAUUCAGAAGUCAUCCUUCUUUUUGAAAUGUUUUCUCUUUUUCCCAAGAUCAUUAAUAAAAACUACACUAUUAUUGUUAUUUGUGUUUUUACUCUGAGUCCUUAAAUGGCAGGUAAUAGUUGUCCACUAAUAUUUUGUCACCCCUCUGGCGAUUUGUGACGCUGGACACCCGGAUAUAUGUAUGUUUGAGGCUCUUUGUGUUUCUCUGGUGUCAGUAUGGGUACCGCGCUGCUGUACUGGCAGUGUGACAUCUGUCAUGUGGAAUCAAAAUUGCCAUUUUGUUUUAUUUCUAUUAUAACUACAGUAAGAGGGAAAAUCUCUCACCUUUGCAUAAUCAUUUCCUUUUGUUUAAUCUGUACAUUAUAUAUGAUUCACAGAUAUGCGGCUACUAACCUGCUUAGCUUUCUAAACCAGAAUGUCCUUUAUACAAGGGUGUUCAUUUGGCUGUGGACAGGAUGGACAUUGCAUCUGUACAGAUUAUCGAGGUAGAUUCUGCUGAGGUAGCACAACCUGCUGUGCCUUUUCUAUAGUGAUUCACUUUUUAAACAUUAAAUAAGACGAAUGUGCUAAAUAUGAAACUGAUCAUGUUAUAUUUCAUAGUUCUGGAGAAGAAUGUACUGGUUGGUUCAGGCUUUGGAUCCUGGCCUGCAAGGCUUUGAGAAAUUUCGCGCAAUGUAUGAAUGUAAAUUUCACUUAAUCUCGUUUUAGAGAUUCGGCCAAAGUUAUUUUGCUACUUUAUUUCAUUAUAAGGUUCAUCGUUUAGAAACAUGAACUGCUGCCAAUAAUCCCAUUUACUGAGUAAGUAUAUAGGACACAUUAGCUAGUUAAAUACCAACGUGCAGUGUAUACUCCUGUAACUCACAGCAGACCACAGGCAACGUUUCGUCGCAAACGCAUUGUAAAUUGUCUGCGAUUUAAAAGACCUACGAUUUCUAUGAGAAUAUUUUCCAGUGUUUACGGUAAUACGAUGCGUCACCGCCCCCCUCCCACGGCUAUGCGGAAGCAAUCUAGUUCUGUGUCUAAAGUCAUUGAAUACCGAGCUACUGCAGCUCCCAUAUCUAGAUGUUUAUGCACGUCACUGCAAUCGGGAAAUAUGUCUGUCUGUGUUAAUUUCCAGGCACAGCUGUCGUCGAUUAUGGAGAUUUUAUCUAGAGCAGCGGUUGAGGAAAUUAGCAAACUUCUGGAGGAUACAUGCGCGGUUUUGCAUCUGGAAAUGCGCAGGAGCCGCAAUGAAGCCGUGGCGUUAAGGAGGAAAUUGCGCUCGAUGGAAAUCGAGCUGAGUGCAGUCCGAAGCUGUGGAGCAGAACAUAUUAGUGGGCAGAACCAAAGUAACGGUUCCUGGCAGUAUGGAGUGCCCUCAGCAAUAGGAGGCAAAAACUCCCAACAUCUGGAGUUCGAAAAGGUGGAAGGUGAGAGAAGUGAGAUACUUAUCAUCAAAGAGGAGAGCCUUGAAGACGACCGCGAGGAACCAAAGCACUGCCGAGGUUUAUGUGCAGAAACUGGUGCUGUUGCUGUAGGGAGCCCCCACAUAUCUGCGUCCGAAUCUCCAUUCCAGCAUCUCAGUAGCGAUGAGGAGUGUGACAAACAACCAAACCGUUCAACAGAACAAGAACAGCACCAGUGUUGGCAAAACGGAGAGGAGCCUGGCAACUCUGAGCUCCUGGUAAAGGCCGAGCGAAAGCAGACCAGGAGAAGCUGUCAGUCAGGAACAGGAGGUUUGGAAGACCCAAAGGACACAAGAACCAGUCACUUGGCAAUCAGUUGGAAUAGUGAAAUAGAGGCUGAUAAACUGCGGCAAUCUACUGACAAAUGCUUACUGGAUCUCUCGCCGUUUACAGGGAACCAACAUCCCAUUGCAGGUGUUGAGUCAGGAUCUGCUAAAACUCAGUUGUCUGUAGGUUUUCCUGAUGUGAAAUCGCGUGUCACCUUGUUGGAUCCAUCCACUGCAAAUGAGAGAGCAGAGUGGCUGGAUGAAACCCGGCUACCUUCGGCAAUGAGAGACCAUCACGCACCACCUAACCAACCACAGAAAUCUUUGGAAAGACAGUCGGUAGAAGCUGACAGAGAUACGGGGCUGUACACUGAAAUGGUGGAAACAUUUGCUGUGUGUCAGCAAAGUCUGAACUCCGCAAAGAGGAUUGAAACCAACAAGAAGUUCGGUGUUAGAGAGAAACAGUUUUCCUGCACACACUGCGGAAAGCAUUUUAAUCGAUACAGUCAUCUUAAAAUACACCAGCGAUGUCAUACAGGAGAAAAACCGUACUGCUGUACACAGUGUGGAAAGCAUUUCAGUCUUAGAUGCAAUCUCAUAACCCAUCAGCGAAUUCAUACUGGUGAGAAACCAUUCUGUUGUACCCAGUGUGGUAUGAGCUUUGCCCAGAAAUCUAGUCUUAAAACACACCAGCGAAUUCACACGGGGGAAAGACCAUUUUGUUGCAUUCAGUGUGGUAAGAGUUUUGCUCAGUCAAGCAGCCUUAAGACACACCAAAAGGUUCAUGGUAGAGACAGUGUAAUGUAAGUAAGAAAUACAUAACUAUCAAAUGUGUUAUUGACGUUACAUAGCUUGACAUUCAAAGUCCUGCACCCAAUUAAAGGCUAAGCAAGGACUGCUACUGAAAUGCUAGGUCUUAUAUAAAGUACAAUUUUAAAAAUGUCCUUAUCCGCUAAUUACUACAGGUACUGAAGUAGUACAAAGACAAAAAACCCGAACACAGCAUUAGAUUUUCCAGUGGUGUCUAAUGUAGGAAAGCAUUGCAUAUGGGGGGGUGGUUCCCCGAAGCAGGAUUUAGCUUCGGUUAGCUGGGUUAUCUUGGGCUAGGAGUUAUGAUUGUCCAAUAGGAAUGCUCCUUACCUAAACUCUUAUUGGAUAAUCAUUAAUUCAAGUUAACCUAGGUAACUGAGAAGUCCUGCCUAGUGGAAUACACUCCCCAGGUUCAUUAAAAAUCUUAUACGGUUCAAAUGUUGUAUUACAUUAAAACACUUUUGGGGGCAUUCAGAAUUGCACCGAGAUGUAUGUAUAUUUUUUUUUAUCCACAGACAUGUUUUGAGUUCUCAAAAUUUCUGAUCAUCAAUAGUUGAUCUUCCAGUCAAUGGUAACAUUUUUAGACUGCAUAAAAUCGAUAAAUGAAUUGUUCUAUACAGUUGAACUGUGUACAAAGGCUGAUUUUCCCCUUUCCUUUCAGUGAUUGUUUUAUUUUUUGGCUAAUAGUUAUAAUCGGAUUAAACUAUUUGAAAAUGUUUUAUUAUUUCACUGCAAAUGGGUCAAACAAAAGAACACAAUCUUUUGAGCAAAAGCUUAAAGGAUAUCGGAGCAAUGCUUACUGCAGGGUUUCACAGUGCUGUGGGCGAACUCUCCUUUUCGUUUGCGCCAAAACACGUUUAGGCCCAAAUACAUGAACAACUAUGUAAUCAGAUCUCCAGGUGUCCCCUCCAGCUAUCUAUUUAACAAACUGAUCAUUGCUAUUUCCGGCCAGCCUCCUUGGGUGGCACUGCUGCCGCACACCUGCAUCCCACCCCAGUCCUGUGUGUGUGGAGGUUGCAUGAUCUCCAUAUCAGGUUGGUUUUCCUGCCACAGCCCAAACAUGUGCAGUUAAGCUAACUGGUGUCUGUAACAGCCCACAGAGUAUGACUGUGUGCCCUGCAGUGGGGAGGCAUCCCAGCCUCGUUUCCCCUGCAGCCAGUCCCCCGCCAUAUCCAUCCAUACGCAUCUGUGGCACUAUCGAUCUCUCUUGGGGAAAUUUUCUUUUUGCCUACCCCAUCUUGCUAUCCAUGACACACAGACACAUGCAGCUCUAGAAAGAAAUUGAGACCACAGAAAUCAUUUCUUAAUUUAUGGGUGUGCGUCUGUGAAUAAUAUGUAUGUUUUACAAACUGCACCCUGGUUCUUCUCUGUUUCUAAGACUGAAGGGCUUCUUCCUUGUUUUAUGGGACUUCAGUCCUGCUUCUAAGGGCCUGAUACGAACUGUCCUAGCAGUGCACCUCACACCUGCACUUAAUGUUUCUCAUUCCUUUUGAAGGUCACCUGAUGUCAUCCUCCAACUCAUGAGAAACUGUCAGAUAAGUUGACGGUCAUCUCUUGCUUCAGCCCUCUAACUGGCUGGUUUUUCCUAACUGGCAGUGUCUCCUGCUUCACCUUGAACUUGUGUACUACUUUCUUAGGAACUUUGAGCCUGGAAGCAACUUGCUGUGUGGCUUUUUGCCAGCAGAACCAAGAUUAAACCUGAAUUUUAAAAUAAAGAUAUAAAAACA